GUGGAUACUGUAGGACUUGUCUCUGAAAGGUUUAUGUCAGGCCUGAAACGUCUUCCGUCCCAGCAGCUGUGAGCUCGUCGUUCCUGACGCGCUUCCUUGCUGCUGCUCCCCCCCUUUCCCUGACUCCUCCUCUGUCGGGUUUCUCAGUCCCAGCGAUCUUCCUAAACUUUCCGUGUCCAGGCUUCCCGACGCGUCUUUGUUCAAUGCGAUGCAAGGACGACAGUGGGAACAAAUGGAAUGGAAGCGUGUGAGAUGUGAACUAUAACGCACGGUACCGAUGGCCGAGCAGGGGGACAGGCCUCUGACCCCGGUACCCACACUAGAGCAACUUUCCAAUAAGGACUCUCGAGGGAAUCGCUCAACGUGUGAAGUGGAGAAUGGAGGUGAGAGGAGACCGAGGGGGCGUGUACAUUCCCCUGCAGACCUCCGGCUGCGUCUGGAUACAGAGUCCGAGGCCUCAGAGAGCAGGAAGAAACUGCCAGGCGCCAGACUGAAACCUGUGGUAAAGCUUUCACCCAUGUUGGCUCCCGGUGAUUUUGAAGCAAAGCUUGAAAGGAAGAAAUGGCAGCCCCGCCAGUUAUCAAAGACAAACGCCCAGUAUCAUAAGUUAUUCAGCGAAAUCAGCAAUGAUGAGUUACUCAAACAAAGUUACACUUGUGCCCUGCAGAAAGACAUGUUAUAUCAGGGCAGAAUGUUCGUCUCUGACAACUGGAUCUGUUUCCACUCCAAAGUAUUUGGCAAAGAUACCAAGAUUUCAGUUCCAGUGAUGUCUGUAACAGGUAUCAAAAAAACUAAAACUGCGUUGUUAGUACCAAAUGCUCUUGUGAUUCAAACUACGACCGACCAGCAUGUGUUUGUGUCGCUACUCUCUCGAAACACCACCUACAAAGUUCUGAAAUCCAUCUGCAUUCACUUGGAGAUGGAUGAUAAGACAUGCAGCAGCCCCGUUACUUCUUCCUGUGAUAACAGCUUCAGGGUCAACCGCCCAUCGUCCCUUCCUCUGGACUUUCCAGAAGCUUUCUCUGACCUCGAUGGGGUCGUGCAGCAAAGACGGCAGGUGCUGACGGAGAGCAGCAGCUCUGACUCUCAAACUCCAGAUUAUGACAAAAUAACUGGCUUCUCCAGCCUCCCAGACACUUUCCUAGGUGCAGUAAAGAGUGGAGAGGUUUCAGUCCAUGCAGACAUCCACCUCCAGACUCCAAGCCAAAAACACGGAACUGCCCUUAAGAGCGGGACAACCAAGCCACCCCACAGAGUCACGCUCAAAGAGAAAACCUCACAGCUUGUGUCGUUACAUGCCAUCCUCCUAAUCUAUUUGUUUUUAGUUAGUCUUCUUGUCUUGUCCUCCUGUUACAUGGCUUUCAAGAUUGUGGCUCUUGAGCAUCGUCUGAACUCCUUGUUGUCCACCUGGGAACACAUCCGUAAUGAAAAUACUAUGAGCCACAGGUCCCAGGAUGAGGUGAAUGCUGAGAUCUAUGGAGAACUGUCUACCAACCUGUUCAAGCUGGAGAAGAUUCAAAGAAACCUUCAGAAGCUACUUGAAGAGACUUAAGAGAGGAUUGUUUUCUGCCUGUCUGGACAGAAGCUGUACUUUAAUAAGAAAUGUGGGUUGAGCGCUGCAGAUCAGUCCUGAUCAUAUUUGGUAAUAGAUCCGUCGCCAAAGCAGAGACUGCUCGUUCUUACAAUUGUGUCAGCCUUAAUUUAAAUAGUGCAAUAAUGCCUUGUGUGCCUGUUUCUCUCAGGACUAGUUUAUCAGUCUGUUUAAGUUGUGGCAGAGGUAAACUGAAGCAGUGCCCUAGUGUGCCAGUGUUAGUGAAGGGAAAUAGUUUUAGUGUAGUGUAGCUAAGAGCUUUCAUUUUGCAUUUCACAAGAGUGGGAGUUUUAUUAAGGUGUUUGGUCCAAAUGUCCCAUUUCAACGUUUUUCCAAACAUUUCAUAAAAGGUCAACUUGUGCUUAUCUUCUUUUGUUAGAAUUAAAUUUCAAAUUAUAUUUGUCAUGUAUAUAGGUUUGUACAAAUUAGCCAUUUUUUUAUAACUGUCAUAUCUAAGGAGAAAAAUUUACAGUGCACUUGAACAUAGUCAGGCUGCUUGGGCUGAGAUAAGGAGAGGUUAGGUGAAAAUAUUUUGAAAUGAGUCAGGUGUGUCAGGUGCAAUAGAAGUGUGCGUUGUAAACUACAGUGGUGUGGUAAUGCUUUUGUUUACAUUUACAUUCCUGUAUUGCAUCAUUAACUACAGACUGAAAUAAAUGUCACACGUCCACUGCUUCAAGAGUAUUUUCAUAUACUGGGCGAAAGUCGUGACACAGGUCAGGUGACGUGAAUGUAGACGAAUGAAUGCAAACAGUGACGUAACCUAAUCACGGUUAUUAACAUCACUACAAUGGUGGGUCUGUUUUUAUUGAAUUGGCAGUUUCUGUUUACAAAAAUAAAAGUAGCAGUACUACAGUGUAAAAU